AUGCAAGGACUCAAACCGCCGACUACCAAGCAGCUCAAGAAUGAAGAGGCACUGACCAAGUAUGCCGCUUUCCUAUGUGGUCUCAUGCUUUUUGUUACUGCCGCCCGUUGGCUACGCAAGAUUUGCAUCAAAUCUCCACAUUUGAAAACACCGGUAUCUUCAUCGAGUUAUGGGCGCGAGGCCUGUCUCUUAGUAUUCCAAAAUCUUCAGAGACAUGUCCCUUGGAAGUGGUUUGAGCGACCAUCUCUGGGGUUUAUCAUGAUAAUCAGCAUAUACCUUGCCGGCAACAUCGCUUUCUGCUCAAACAUGCUUGCGAUGCCUCAACUAUUGAAUCACUGGUCUUCUAGAUUUGGAUGGAUGUGUGUCGGCAACAUGGCGCUGUGUGUCUUUUUUGGUCUCAAAAACACACCGUUGGGCCCUUUAGCAGCUGUUUCGCAUAGCCAACUAAAUGUAUUCCAUCGCAUUGUCGGUUAUACAACUGUAUCCCUCGUGCUUCUUCACGCUGCUGUAUACACGAUACACUUCGGACGUCAAGGCCGCUUAGUGCAGUUGUUAAAACCGGAGGAUAUCGCAGGUAUCGGGGCCGGUGUUGCUAUGUUUGUCUUACUAAUGGGGAUAUUCAGACACAACCACUAUGAGCUAUUUUAUGUUAGUCACAUUAUUGGCUUUCUGGUCGUUGUUCUUUUGACAGCGCUGCAUAGGCCGAAUUGGGCGAAAAAGAUUCCGCUGGUGAUGCUCAUUGUCUUCAGUAUGUGGGCAUUGGAUCGCCUCAUUCGAUUGAUCAGAUUGUCAUGCAACCUCGUCAAUAACUCGGCUACGUUCUAUCCUCUACCAUAUGGAGGAACCCGAGUGAUACUCAAGAAGCCUGGCACUGAAGCUGCUUUGCCGGGAUCUCACUGCUUUUUAUGGGUUCCAAGACUUCGAACCCAUGAGAAUCAUCCAUUUACUAUCGUUAGUAACGAUUCUUCUGGCCUGGAACUCGUGAUGAAGUCGCAUGAGGGCUUUACCAGAGCUGCUGUAAGGUUUGCGAGUCAACACCCUGGGACUACUCUGUGGGCAUCUAUCGAUGGGCCAUACGGAUCACUGCCAGAAGUGAACCAUUACGACAAGCUGGUUCUUGUUGCUGGAGGAAGCGGAGCUGCUUUUACCUUUGGAUUCAUGAAUCGCAUUAUGAUGCAACCUGAGAAGGUCGCAGUCCAAUCUAUCGAGUUUGUAUGGGCUGUGAAGCGCAUAGAGCAGUUAAACUGGUUCCGCCGCCACUUGGUUAAUAUUGCCGAGGCCGAGCAUCCCCCAAGCUUUAAGGUCUAUGUCACAGGCGAGCAAUUGGGAUCUAACUCAGCCGCGACAAUUUGUACCGCCUCCGAACGCCAGCACUUUCUAGGCGAGACAGAGAGCGAAGCUUUAUUAAGAGAAGUCAGAUUCAAUUAUGAUACCAUCUCGCCAAUGGGCGAUAUAUGUGGAUUACUCCAUCAAACUACCUCUGAGCAUAUAUUGAAUGUCAUUUUUGAGAAGCUCAAUGUUAAUAAGGUAAUUAGCAAAGCCUUGGGAACAGCUGGAUGCCACCAAAGAGUACUCGUCGUGUCUUGUGGGCCCAAAUCACUCAUGUGUGCUGUGGUCGAAUCAGCAGAUAAAUGGCAGAACACGCGAGGUCUUAGAAUAGAUGUCCACUGCGAAGCCUUUGACAGUUGUUAG